AUUCUUCGCUUGUCGUUCAGUAUUCACGAAUCAAGUCUGUGUCUGAUCAUUUAAUUAUUUUUACAAGCAGGUUUGUUAAUUAUGUACAAAAUGGUGCGUAAGGGCAACACCAGCCUGCAAUACACAAUCAUACCGCAAACGGACCAACUAUCCUCAUCUAGUUUUCCGCAAUCGCGGAAAUCCAGUUCUAGAGUCAUCAAGUACACCAUGGCCACUCUGUUGAUUCUGAUCAUGCUGUCGUGCAUCGCAUUAAUUAGUCAGAACGAUAAGAACAUAUUUAAAGUGUUAGACAUAGGACGAAAGAGUCAAAUCAGAAACGCGACUAGAAGUCAAAUUAAAGAGGCGAACGUUAAUAAAAGUAAAAAUGAAACAUCGAUCGUGAUAAAGACAAAGCAGGCUGUCGUGGAUGAAGUGAUCACCCCGCCAGGAAAUUUGAAAGGGGAUGAGGGAGAAAUAUCCGAGAGUAUUACCACUGAUUCAACAACCAGCACGCAGCAUUUACAGACCACCCCGGAAUUGUUAAAAACAACCCUAGAGACAUUCCGCACAACAGCUUCGCAGAAGUGGUCGAUACCUACCUCAACGAUGGAGACAUUGACAAACUCCACUAGCCGAACUAACGAACUUCCUUCGAGGGGAAGUGAUAAAACGACAAUGGUUACAUUGAAGUUAAUGGAAAAUGAAACGACACCGGAACAAUAUGAAGAAGCAGGGAUCAGUGAUUAUAAGAAUGGGAACUCAAGUGUGCUGGCUCCUGGAGUGAGUUUAGAAGAGUUGAUAUUUAAAACAUCUGAGGGGACGAUGAAACCGCGUUCCGAAAAGAGGUUCUUCAAGAACUUUCGAUGGCAGGUACCGCCAGUAUUUCUCUUCUUUUUAAAUUGUAAUAAAUU